UUAGAAAAACCUCAAUGCUCGUGAUUUGUUUCUGCCACUCCAACUCGAGACAUCCCCUGCAUUAGCUUAGCAAACUAGUAAUCAAACGGGAGGAGCACAAGAUUGACGUUCGAGGUUCAAAUCUGAGGAAGGCACCAUGCUCACGUACAUCGGCGAACGUGUGGUACGUGGACCAGAUUGGGAAUACAACGAUGAUGAUGGGGGCGAUGGCUGUGUCGGAACGGUUAUCGCCAUAAAGGAAGAAAGAUCUGGGCAUUCUCGGUCCAACGAGACAGCAAGGACCAAUUGGAAGGUCCAGAAGGUGACUGUAGCCUGGGACCUGGGCCACAUCGGGGACUACAGGACAGGACUAGAUGGAAAGUAUGACUUAGCAUGUAUGGAUGUUGGGUUAGGUCGGCCCCAUCUCCUAAUUGAAUGUGACGUGUGUUCCCGUUACCCAGUACGGUACAGAUGGUUAUGUGCAGUAUGUAAGAGCUUUGACCUGUGUGAUGCAUGCUAUAAUAAGAAUGAACAUCAUCUGGACCACCAGUUUGUAAGGUUCUCAUCUCCCAUCGGAUCCUGUGUGCGUGCUCCAACAAGAGAGAGCAGUCUCAACAACCGUGUAGAAGCUAGAGGAUUGUUUGUGGGAGCUGAAGUUUCAAAAGACGGCAAGCAAGGCAUCGUGGUGGAGACCCUAAGAUACGAGCUUCAAUGGGGAGGAGUCAAGGUGUUGUGGCCAUGGGAAGGGGGGGAAGUUACCAGGCACACUCUUGAAGAUGGUGUGAUCGACAUCAAAUGUGAAGAGGCGGCUAAAUAUGGGCUCUACUAUAAGGACCAUCUAGCAAAUUUUGGUGAGAGAACUUUAUGUUUAGGUGACAUGGCUUCAGUCCUUGUUGAUGUUGAUGAAAUCAAACAGCUGCAAGAAGAACAUGGAGACUGGAUGCCACAGAUGACAGAUUCUCUACGGCAGGUUGCUACCAUUAUUGCAGUCACGUACAACGGUGAUUGCAAACUCCAUUUCCCAGUUCUAGAUCUUGGGUGGGAUUUCAACACAGAAGCUGUAACCAGGGUAGGCUAUUAGUCAUGACUAAAUGAUUGUUAUUAUCUUUAUUUAGAUGUACUUGUAAUUGGCAUCCCUUUUUCCUGAAAGGGGAAAAAAGGAAAUUAAACUCUUGGACUUUUGCCCCCCCCCCCCUUGAGGCUCAAAAGAUGCCAAAUAACAAUGGGCAUAUAUAUAGGACCUACAUUUACCCUAGCUUGCAUGUAAAUGUAUUUAUUGAGAACAGAGGAGGGAUCUAAUAACAACUAAGGUUUCAGUUCUUAUCUGUGGUUUGUAUGUGAGCCCUCUAUCUGGUUCAUCUGGUAAAUGCUUUUCUGACUGAGCCAACUGUGAACAACUUCAACAUACUAGUACAUGUGUACAAUGUUAUUGCAACACGCAGAUCACACGCGGAAACUGGUAGAAAAGACUCAUCACACUAUUCUUUGUGUUGCGGUUCGUUUGAUUUCAGGUGCAAAAUAAACAAAAUUAAGCAAUUAAAUAGAAAUGAGGAAAUGUUUGAAAACACACAUAAUA